CUUAGACAGAAACAUGGACCGCUUUUCAGUCUGUCUGUUGUUUGGCCUGACUCUUAUCGUGUGUUCUGCAGUGGCACUCGUACAAGAUUUGCCAACUCCUUGCCCGGAAAUUCAAUGUCCGCAAGAAAAGAAAUGUAUCUUCGGUUACAAAAAGAUUAACGGGUGUCCUACAUGUGAAUGUAACAGACCCUACAACUGCCCCUACUACCGUCCUUGUCAGCAGUGGUUGAAAUGUCCCGCAGGAGUCGUGAGGAUCAACGGAUGCCCAACCUGCAUGUGCAAACCAACACCGAAACCUACCCCCAGACCCCACUUGUGCCUCACGUGUUGCGGUCCGCCCCCAUGCUGUAACUACUGCGGACUAGAGAAAUCUACCCCCAGACCCCACUUGUGCCUCACGUGUUGCGGUCCGCCCCCAUGCUGUAACUACUGCGGACUAGAGAAAUUGCUUGCCAAGUAGGUCACCCAGGUCCCUUAACAACACUGGUUCCAUGACGACCAUCUGUGACUGCCUGAACACUCAUAUUGUUAUUCAGUUGUUAUCAUUGCUUAGUUCCGUUCCAUAUUUGAAUAAAUACAUGAAAUAACCUGUUUAGUUAGAAUGGAAAACGAC